CAGAGCUGCCUCCCCGGCUUCACACGACUCGCUCGCCCGCAAAACCGGCCGAGUCGUCCAAAGAGAGGCGAGCCUCUUAUCUCUUUUUUUUGUGACAAGACUCGCGGAGGAGAUAUGAAGCUGACGGGGUUCCACACGGCGCCGUUUUGGAUCCUCUGCGCAUUGGCUGGUCGGGCGUGGUGCUCGCAGGACGAGACGCGUCUGGUCAAACAUCUGUUCGGCGGCUACAACAAGGUGGUGCGGCCAGUCAACCACUUCAGCGAGGCGGUGGUGGUCACCGUGGGACUGCAGCUCAUCCAGCUCAUCAGCGUGGAUGAAGUCAACCAGAUUGUGACCAGCAACGUUCGUCUCAGACAACAAUGGAUAGACGUAAACCUGAAAUGGAACCCUGACGAGUACGGGGGGGUGAGGAAGAUCAGGAUCCCUUCCAUGGACAUUUGGAAGCCCGACUUGGUGCUUUACAAUAACGCCGACGGCGAUUUCGCCAUCAUCCACGAAACCAAAGUGCUGCUGGAGCACACCGGCCAGAUCACGUGGAACCCGCCCGCCAUCUUCAAGAGCUACUGCGAGAUCGUCGUCCUCCAUUUCCCCUUCGACCUGCAGAACUGCAGCAUGAAGCUCGGCACGUGGACGUAUGACGGCCUGCUGGUCGUCAUCAAUCCGGACAGCGACCGUCCUGAUAUAAGCAACUUCAUGGAGUCCGGCGAGUGGGUUCUGAAGGACUACCGCAGCUGGAAGCACUGGGUCUACUACACAUGCUGCCCCGACACGCCCUACCUGGACAUCACCUACCACUUCCUGAUGCUGCGACUGCCGCUGUACUUCAUCGUCAACGUCAUCAUCCCCUGCAUGCUCUUCUCCUUCCUCACCGGCCUCGUCUUCUACCUGCCCACGGACUCUGGCGAGAAGAUGACCCUGUCCAUCUCUGUGCUGCUGUCGCUCACCGUCUUCCUGCUGGUCAUCGUGGAGCUCAUCCCGUCCACGUCCAGCGCCGUGCCGCUCAUCGGGAAGUACAUGCUGUUCACCAUGGUGUUCGUCAUCGCCUCCAUCAUCAUCACCGUCGUCGUCAUCAACACGCACCACCGCUCGCCCAGCACGCACACCAUGCCCGCCUGGAUACGCAAGGUAUUCAUCGAAAAAAUCCCCAACAUGAUGUUCUUCUCCACCAUGAAGCGCCCCAGCCAGGAGAUCCGUCAGAAGAGGUCGUUUCCCACCGACAUGGACAUCUCCGACAUCUCAGGUAACCCCACGCCCGCCGGCGUCCCCUACCAGUCACCCAUCAUCAAGAACCCGGACGUCCGCAGUGCCAUCGAAGGCGUCAAGUACAUCGCCGAGACCAUGAAGUCGGACGAGGAGUCCAACAAUGCGGCUGAGGAGUGGAAGUUUGUGGCCAUGGUCCUGGAUCACAUCCUGCUGUGCGUCUUCAUGGCCGUGUGCAUCGUCGGCACGCUCGCCGUGUUCGCCGGCCGGCUCAUCGAGCUCAACACGCUGUGACCGAGCGCUCUUUUUCCUCUCGCUCCGUGUCUCGCAUGAACGCGGACAUUUUGAGCGGAUUUGGAGUUGGGCUGGAGAUUUUGUUUGGUGCGCUGUCGUGGCUCAAUUUGUCUCGUCGUCUACCGUUUGGGAUGAAUUAUUUCCAAGCACAACACGAGCGGAAAAGCUGAUCUGUGUUUUCCACUUCUUUUUGCAGCUUUUAUUAACAGGAUACCAAACGUGGAUGUCCACUGAAAAUGACAUGCCCAUUUUCCCCCAAAACACAAGAAAAUGACUCUUCUUUGCCUUUUGGAUAAGCGACAAUACGGGACAUUUUCCAUUGGGCACUUAUGAUAUGCAAAUUAGCCCAUGGGGGGGGGGGGGGGAUACUUACUUUUUCUAUCUAGAACAGUUCUAAAACUUUUGACAUUAAGUAAUUAUAUAUUGAAUAUAUUCUAAACCACUAUAACGCGAUGCAGUUUGAAAAGUAAAACUACGCUUAACUAUAGGGGGGCGGGGGGGAAUGAUUUACCAAUUAAAAUGUAUUGCACAAGAACGCGAAAUAAAAUUGUACCCAAGGAUCUCGAAUCAUAAAAAGUAUUGAUUUGUUGUUGGUAAUUGGAGAGAGAAAAAAAGUGUCUCCUGCCCGAAUAAAUUAGAAGGAACCAAAUGUUGGAAAUAUUCGUGACAGUAUGUUGAAUUCAUUUUUUUAUUUCUGUCAAACGAUUGAUAGACGCUAAUGUGAGAAGGCUAACUUUAACUUGACCGGGUAAUAAUCCGUGCCAUUCUGUAAUAAGAAACGAAGGAAUACAUGAAGUGCAAAUAGCAAAAGGAAAUUGUGGUUGCGUUGUUGCUGAACGUGAUCGAUUGGGUCCAGUUUGCCAGUGAAGUUCAUAUUG